AGUCUUGGAGGAGGAGGCGGGGUGUAGACUCCCCUGUGGACUUCCCGUGGGCGAUCUGGAGUGGGUGAGCGGACGGGCGGGGCUGGCGACCCUAAACCGCACGGAAGGAAUCAGCCCGUCAGGUCGCUGCCCGCCUGCCCCGCCACGCCGCAGCGCAAGUUUUCUCUUUCUUCGGACAUUUCGGUCAACUUUCGACGAAGGCUCCGGCCCCGCAAGGGACGUGGGCGAAGGAGCUCCGCCUUUGGGGGUUCCCCCGCGUGGGAGGCUGGAGUCCGUGGGGAGUCCACGUACUCACUGCGCUGUCGGUUCCAGACGCUUCGAGCGCCGGGAGGGACGGAGGACCUUGAGCCACCUCCCUCCGGCCUCUGUCUCUCCCAGAAUCUCAGGCAGAGCAGGUGAAGGAAGCGAAAGCCUUAGAGAAACCAGCUGACGUCUCUCUCGUCUCUCUCCGCCAGUCGGGGAAGCCAGACCUGGCUUGUCCCCGAUAUGAGGAGGGCCUGGAGACCCCAGUUCCUCGGCCUCCUCCUCCUUCUAGCGGCGCUGACUCUGCCAGGCAGUGGCAACGAGGGCAGCAGCGCUGGAAGUUGUCACUGUAAUAAAACGUUUCCUUCCAACGACCCUCCAACGGAUAAACAAAUGAAACAUCUCCGAAAACAACUGAAACACCAUACUCAGUGUACUUUCUUCGUCAGGUUCCACCUACCUCGUGGGACUGUGUGUGGGGGCAGCAGCGACCCGUGGGUGACUGAAUUGAUCAGCUGCAUUAAACGCAAAGAAUGUGGACAUGCUUACUCUGGGGGAGUGGCCCACCAGGACCACUUACCUCCCCCCGGCAGCCAGGUUCCAGAGUCCACAGAACGGACAUCUGCAGUCACAGGAAUCUCUGCCCAGACGUACUUGCCACCCACUUUGCAGUCUACCCAGCAGCCCACCCAUCCAGGAGGCAUACUGUUUGUGGACAAAAAGCUCAUUCACAGCAGUGAAACCACUACUUCCUCUGUGGGCCUCAGUCUGGAGGCUGGGCCUGAGGCUGGGGAGAACAAGAAGCGGUUGGAAGAAAAUGUGGGUCCCACAGGUGGGACACCUGCUAUGGUGCCAGUGCUGUCCCUCUUGGCCAUCAGCUUCAUCCUCACUGCAGCCCUCUUCUAUGUGCUGUGUAAGGGGAAGAGUAAGAAGUCACUGCAGUGCUCUCCAGAUUUGCAGCUUCAGUAUACACCUGUGGCACCAGACUCCUAACACUUGGACUAAGAAUGGAAGCCUGUGAUUAUGAUUAAAUAUCAUGUACGUUGCAUAUAUUUAAACAACCUCUCUGGUACAUGGUAAGCACUCUGUAUACACAUAAAUAAUCAGCCAUUGUUCUCUCUGA